AUGUGCCAGGAAAUCUCGGGCGAUGUGGUAGAGCUAGCGGUCAUCGACGUCAUGGGGCUGGAUAGUCAGACUUUGAAUCACCUUUGGGAGUGCAGCGAAGUCCACAAGUUCAAUCGCGUGGAGGUGUGCCUGCACCUGCUGCAGACGCUGAUCACCAAGGCCUUGGAUGAUGGUGUCUUGAAGAUCCCACCGCCAAUUCUGUCUCGUGUCUACCAGACAAUCUCACGAGGAUUCGUGAAUCUGCUGAACACGAAAAAGAUCACGGACACCAAAUUUCCGUAUCCCUUUGCGCAGAUCAUCGCAGUCUUUCUGCUCGUUCACAUAUUCCUCACUCCAGCCUUGAUUUCUGCUUCCGUCCCGCACAGAUUCCUAGCGCCAGUGUUCACAUUUCUGGCAGUCUUCGGAAUGUUCUCCUUGAAUUUCAUUUCUAUGGAGCUGGAGAACCCCUUCGGCUUAGAUGCAAACGACCUGCCGCUGGAGCAUUUUCAGCAGGAGAUGAACGACUGUCUCCUGAUGCUCCUGCAUCCAAACACAGAUCUAGUCGCAGAGAUGGACCCUUCUGGAAAAUUGGACUUCAAGGUCCUCUACGAUGAGAUCCAUCCCAGUGAUCCCAGUGAGGCGCAGGAUGCCAAGCGUAGCAGAAGAAUCUGGAGCGUCCGGGAGCUGGCCAAGGUUGCCAACGAGACCGAGGAAGAGCGUGCGGCGCGAGCAGAGAGCGAAGCUACGAUAGCAGUCGUCCCCAGGGCCGAGGACAAGGAGGUGAGCGUCCCCGCCUCUACCGCGACCGUCACGGCCGUGGCAGUUUCCGCUGCAGAGACCGCAGCGCAGGGUCCUCUCAAGGCAGAAGAUGUCCAAGCGAUGCUUACAAAGAGCAUCCACGAGUUCAACCAGUGCAUAAAGCAAUGGACGGGAUCGCUUCAGACUCAGAUGGCCGAUGCCAACAAGGGCACGGUGGGCUUGUUGGGAGACGUGGAAGCUGCAGCAAAGCUAAUGAGCCAGGAAGCUGGCAAUAACAAUAUUUUUCGAUUCUCAGCGAGAACUCCAUAA